GUUCCACGGGGUUCGGCGGCGUGCGAACGUUCUCUUCCGGGAACUCCGACGUGGCCCAGCCUAUUGGCCGCGCGCCGCCGGGCACUGCCCCUGGCUGGGCGGGGCGAUUGACGCCUCCCAAUGGGUGGCUGCCGUGGCAGGCCCGGCCCCCGCGGAGGACCAAUCCGAGGAGCGGUUCCCGGGCCCUGCCGCGUGCGGGGGAGAGGGAGCCGCUAGCUGAUCCGAGCGUGCCUGGUGGCCGGGUUUGCCACGUCUGCUGCUGAGGGGGGAGGGAGGCGGGCAAGCGAGGGUGGGCUUGACCCCAUGCAGCUCCGCCCCCCUCUUUAGCGAGCCGCGGUCCUGUGAAGUGACAGGGGGACCUAUGCGGGGGCCCAGCCGGCAGUUGCGGGUGUCCAGCUGGGGAUUGAAUCCACUUGUGCAGGGAACCUAAGGGGUUGCUGUAAGGUGGCAGCUGUAGGCACUGCUUGAAACUGCCCCAAGAGAAAAGGGCCUGGGAGCGUUACCUCAAGGCAGGCCCAGGCACCCUAAAAAUGUGGCUUUUGCAUCUGUAAUACAGACAUUUUUCUCUCUCUCUUUUCCAUUUAAAUUCCCUUGCGGUGAAACCGAAAUGAUGAUUGUACUUUGGGCUCCUUUUCUCUUCGCGUGUGUUCCUUUUGCGGCUGGGGCUCUCAUUCCAGAAGCCGAAGUGACGGUUGAGGUGCUCCAGAAACCAUUUAUCUGUCACAGGAAGACGAAAUGGGGGGAUAUGAUGCUGGUCCAUUACGAAGGCUACUUGGAAAAAGAUGGUUCGAUGUUUCACUCCACCCACAAGCAUAACAAUGGUCAACCCAUGUGGUUUACGCUUGGCAUAAAGGAAGCUAUUAAAGGCUGGGACAAAGGCUUGAAAGAUAUGUGUGUAGGAGAGAAGCGGAAACUGACAAUUCCACCAUCCCUUGGUUAUGGAAAAGAAGGGAAAGGAAAAAUUCCACCUGAGAGCACACUUAUAUUCAACAUUGACCUACUAGAAAUCAGAAAUGGACCAAGAUCACAUGAGUCAUUCCAAGAAAUGGAUCUUAAUGAUGAUUGGAAGCUAUCCAAGGAUGAGGUGAAAAUGUAUUUGAAGAAGGAAUUUGAAAAGCAUGGAGCAGCAGUAAAUGACAGCCAGCAUGAUGUUUUGAUUGAAGACAUCUUUGAUAAAGAAGAUGAAGACAGUGAUGGGUUUAUAUCUGCUCGGGAGUUCACAUACAAGCAUGAUGAGCUGUAGAAAAGCCCAGCCUAAUAAUUCUCCAUGUCACAGAGGUGGCAGUGACUUACAAAUUGUCUAGCUUUGUAAAAUUUUUAAUUCAGCAUUUGGAGCUGACAGGAACAAAUGGAAAGAAAAAACAUUGUUUUUCUAUACAAAAAGGGACUUCUGUUGAUGAUCCAAAAUGCUUUUAACUACGUUUAGAUAUUAAAACAAAGCCGCUUUUGUAAAUCUUUUGAACUGCUGCACCUGGCAGCAAUAGUGUUUCAUUUACUUUGUAUUAAUUUAAUUUGCAGUUAUGAAACCAACAUGUGAUAUAACAAAUAUUGCUAAAAAAUCAGAAUCCAGCUUAAUGCUUACCUUGUAUUGUUUUCUUAUGUGCUAAUGACAAACAUUUGAGUUAUUCUCUUUGAUAGUAUACUUCUUAUUUAAUUUUUAAUUUAUGGCUUAAUUAUUUCACCUUGCUUUUUCUAUGCAAAUCAGAAUUUGAAGAACAGAAGCAAAAUGUGCCACACUGUUAAUAAGAGGUACACUGCAAAGGUCAGACAGUUCUCGUUGGUCUUUUCAACUCUAGCAAUAUAAUGUAAUCUACCUGUAUGUGAACAGGAAACAUUACUGAUAUCUGAUCAUUUAUUUUUGUAAGCUUAUUAGUGUGUGCCUCGUGUGCCUAAGCCAACCAUGUAUCUUGUAUUUAUUAUGGUGCUAUGAUCUAGAGUCAAAGGGGGAGUUAGAGAUCAGCAGGGGUUUGGGGUUUUAGUUGUGUUGUGUUUUUGUUUUGUUUUUUAACUAUUACAUAAUAACAUUGCAGUUUGGCUGA